AUGUCCACGUUCACAGUGCCGUGUGGCGACCCGAAAUGGCCAGAGAAGACUUGGGGCUACCCGCUAGGUUUGUAUUGCAAGAACUUGCGUGCGCUCAAGCAGCAGGGCAAAUGUCUCCCAUUCUUCGCCGUGGACGACCUGGAGGCGCUCGAUUUUCCUUGGGAUAUGAGGCAGCGCAAGUGGGACGUGCUGGUGUUGCCAUCUCUCAGGAGAUUCAGUGAGAUUAAUGGCCAUUGUGAUGUCCCCGCCAAGUACGUGGUCCCUACGGAGGAUGAAGCUUGGCCGAAGUUGCUAUGGGGCUUCAAACUCGGACAGACCGUCAUGAGUGUCAAGUAUGCCGGUACCUACAAAGCCCAACGAGAGAGUUCUCAAGAAGAAUUGGAGAAGAUUGGCUUCUCCAUGGAGAAGUGGAGUAUUCGCAUGUGGGAGACCAAGAUCUUCCCGGCCUUGGAGGCGUUUAAGCGCGAGUUUGGACACUGCAAUGUGAAUUUCAACUUUGUCGUACCGGACAGCGAGCAGUGGCCGAAAGCGACGAGAGGGAUGCGACUAGGAGCGACAGUCGCCAAUAUUCGCUGCAGAGGCAACUACGACGACAUGACGGAGCGAGACAAGGACAAACUGGAGGCGAUUGGAUUCACCUGGUCUCCGGAAGACGAACGAUGGACGUACAAGAUCCUGCCGGCGCUGGAAACGUACCACCAAAUCUACAGAUCCGGCUGGGUACCGGCUGACUUUGUUGUUCCCGAUGAAAAGCCUUGGCCUGAAGCCUCACGUGGACUGAGGCUCGGAAAUUCGUUCAUGAAGAUCCGACACACAGGCGCAUACUCGUCGUACGUGGAACGAGACAGAAAGCGACUGGAUGGACUCGGAUUCGACUUCUAUGCGGAUAUCACGUCGAUUCAGGCAUUGAAGGCGGAAUAUCUAUGA